AGUUGAACUGUCGAGAUUAGAGCAAGGUCUCUGCGGGUUGCAAGUUGCUAAAGCUUUCAGAAGUGGUGUGUCAUCGUUUAUAGUUGUGCAAAAAAGAGUGAUACUUGCAGUAUUCUACUGUCCACAUACUUGUAGUUCACCAGCAUGCCUCCAUUGGAAAAGUAUAACAGUGAACUAGAACGGCUUAAGUCGUUCCAAAGUGGUUGGCACAUGGAAAAGUAUGAUUGCCAACUUUUAGCCUGCAUGGGGAUGUAUUACACAGGAGUUGGUGAAUCAGUGCAAUGCCAGUUUUGUAAUGUGCGCAUUGAUCGUUUUGAAGAGGACGAGGGGCUGGUGGAAACGCAUAUGGCGUAUUCAGAUGGUUGCCCUUUACUAGAAUGCGAGUUCACUCCCAACGUACCUCUGGAUUUUUUAUCACUUCAUUUCCUGCUUCCGGGCGAAUUAGACUCUAUUGCUUGUGAAGAAUUUAUUUUGGAAUCCGACAGGUUGGCAUCUUUUUCAAAAGUGCAAGGUGCUUUGGUGACAAAGGCAAAUGAACUGGCAGAAGCGGGCUUUUUCUAUAUGACUGAUGGUUCUCUGAUGUGUUUUUGUUGCGGUGGUACUUUAGACGGUGUCCUCCCUGAAGAAGAUCCGUGGCAGCUGCACGGCAUUCUUUACAAUCAUUGUAGAUAUUUGAGACUUAUGAGAGGAAGAAGUCGUAAGGAAGAUGAUGAUGUUAACCAGUCGCAGGAAAAGAUUCUGCACCCCACAGCACCGCAGCUGGAAGAACUGGACCUACAAGAAGCAAAAUCGAUUGCAACACAUGACCACGUUGCACAGCGAGAGCUCGAAAAUGAUAACGAACUCGAACGAGAUGGAGUAGCUGCAGAAGGAGCUGUGGCAUUACCAACUGAACAUAAGCCCCAUGAGAGAGAGUCUUCCGUUAACGAAAGCAAUGACGAUUCUAUAACCAUAUCAAAAUCUUUGUUUCAGUUCUUCAUAAAAGGUGGGAACGAAGAUACAGGCGAAUGCAAAAUUUGCUCGGAGCAGAUCAGGGAUGUCGUAUUUUUGCCAUGUGGGCAUGUUGUGGCUUGCUCCGAAUGUGCCAAGCAAUGCGAAUUUUGUCCGAUAUGUCGAGCUAAGGUAGAACGAAAACAUAAAUUGUAUUAUUCAUAGCUAUUUUGAUUGUAUGAACCGAACACUAGGUUAACGCUAUAUAUUUAUAUGUAAUUAAUCGUAUCUAAUAAAUCGUUGUUUUUG